UGACUGAAUGAGUAGCAGCUUGCUUUGAUUCAAGUGGGCGGUAGAGGGUACUAAAACGGCAAUGACUAAAGUUGUUAAGCGCUAAUAAAAAAACAAUUUCACCAAAUACCAAUAUCCAUUCGAUCGUAUUUAAUUUAUGGGAGAAGAAUAUGGCCGAAUUAUCACCACGUGUGUUAGUAACUGGAGCAUCAGGGUUUUUGGCCAGUCAUGUCAUUCAUCAACUGCUUCAAUCUGAGGGGUAUCGUGUUCGCGGUACUGUGAGAGAUCUCACUAACGAGAAGAAAACAUCACCGCUACAAGCGCUGUAUCCUGAAGCUAAAUAUCCCCUAGAACUUGUACAAGCUGAUUUACUCGAAGCUGAAUCUUGGAUAAGAGCUGUAAAAGACUGUGACUAUGUUAUUCAUGUGGCAUCACCAUUUCCUAAUGCACCUCCCAAGAAUGAGGAUGAGGUUAUCACUCCUGCUGUUGAAGGAACAAAAAAUGUUUUAGAAGCUUGUGCCAAUUCUGGAAGUGUUAAGAGAGUUGUUAUCACAAGUUCUGUUGUUGCUAUAUACUGUGGAAACCAAGAUAAGGGUUAUAUGUUAACAGAAGAAGAUUGGUCAGUUUUGGAGAGCUGUCCACCAUACGAAAAAAGCAAAGUUUUGGCAGAACAAUCUGCUUGGGAUUUUGUGAAAAAAUUACCAGAUGAACAAAAGUUUGAUUUGGUUACCAUCAAUCCUGGAUAUAUGUUAGGACCAUUAUUGCAUGGUUCAUCGUGCACUAGUAUGGAGAUCCACAAAAGAUUGUUGCAAAAAGAAAUGCCAAUGCUUCCUAAAUUACAACUAGCAUUAUGUGAUGUUCGUGAUGUUGCAACUGCGCAUAUAAAAUCCCUGACACUAUCAAAUGCUCCUGAUAACAGAUUUAUUGUCAGUGCUGGAAGUAUGUGGUUGAGAGAAUUUGCACAAACCCUUGAUAGGGAGUUUAAACCACAAGGCUACAGUAUUCCUACAAAAUAUUGUCCAAAGUUUGGUCUACGUGUUAUGUCAUUAGUAGACAAGUCUGUGAAAGGCAUACUUCCUCAAAUUGGGAAGGUUGUUAAUGUUUCUAAUGAAAAGAUGAUUAAAGAGCUUGGUAUAACACCAAUUGAGGUGGAAAAAUCUAUCAUUGAUAUGGCAUACAGUUUAAUUGAUCAAGGUUUUGUGAAGAAGACAACUAAAUACAAUGGCAGUCGAACAAAUGAUGAUUAAAAUGUAUAAUUGAUCGUUGUAUACUAGUCAUUUGGCUUUAUGCACUUAUAUCAUGCAUAUACUAGACGUUGUCAUUAAUUCAUCUUAAUUUGUGAAUUAUGCUAUAUUUUUAUGUAGUCUUAUAAAGUUUUCUUUAAAGGGAUAUAUUUCCCCCCCCCCCUCACAGGAUCAGUAAUCAACCUU